AUGUUUUAGGACUCAGUGGUCAUUGAGGAUGUGGCCGUGGUCUUUAGCCAGGAAGAAUGGGCUUUGCUUGAUCUUCCUCAGAAGAAACUCUACAGAGAUGUGAUGAUGGAAACCUUCAGAAACCUGGCCUCAGUAGUCUCUCAAAAUCUUAACAAUGGAGAAAAGUCAUCCAGCGAACAUAUAAUAGUGAGAUUCAUGAAGAAAAACACCUGGUCCUCCAUGUUAGGAGAAAUCUCCGAAUUGCAUGGCAAUAAAGAUCCGCAUAAAAACGAGAGGAUACAUUUGAGACGUCAUACAGUAGAAAACCUCUGUGAAAGUAAUGAAGUCAUUCAGUGUGGGAAAACCUUCAGCUGGAUUCCAAAUCUUACUGUGGUAAAAAGAAAUCUUCCAGAAGUAAAUCCUUUUGAAUGCUGUGAGUGUGGAAAAGCCUUCAUGGAUCACUCAUCAAAUAAAUAUCGUACUAGAUCUCACAUUGGAUGCAGUCACCAACAUUGUAAGCAAUGUGAAGCAUGCAGUUGUCUCUCUCACCUAACCACUACUAUGAAAACUAUUACUGGAAAGAAACUUCAAAAAUAUAUGGUAUGUGGGAAAGACUGUAUCUCAACACUUAAGAAUUCUGUGACAACGCUCACUGGUGGAAAACACUAUGAAUGUAACGAAUGUGGGAAACAUUUCUGUAGUUUCCCAUCCUUUUGCGCACAAGUGAGAGGUCAUAAGCAUGAAUGUAAAGAAUGUAAAACCUGUAGUCCUUCAUCCCUCAUUUUACAUAAAAAAAUUUAUAACAGAGAUGUGCCUUAUGAAUGUAAGGAAUGCGGGAAAGCCUUUAGUCGUUCCUCAGCCCUCGCUAAACACAUAAGAACUCACAGUGGAGAGAGGCCCUAUGAAUGUAAGGAAUGUGGGAAAGCCUUUAGUUUUUCCUCAGCCUUAACUCUGCAUGUAAGAACUCACAGUGGAGAGAAGCCUUAUGAAUGUAAGGAAUGUGGGAAAGCCUUUAGUUGUUCCUCAGCUGUCGCUCAACAUAUAAGAACUCAUAGUGGAGAGAAGCCUUAUGAAUGUAAGGAAUGUGGGAAAGCCUUUAGUUAUUACUCACGCCUCACUGCACAUAUAAGGGCUCACAGUGGAGAGAAGCCUUAUGAAUGUAAGGAAUGUGGAAAAGCCUUUAGUCGGUCCUCACGCCUCACUGCACAUAUAAGGGCUCACAGUGGAGAGAAGACUUAUGAAUGUAAGGAAUGUGGGAAAGCCUUUAGUUGUUCCUCAGUCCUCGCUCAACAUACAAGAACUCACAGUGGAGAGAGGCCUUAUGAAUGUAAUGAAUGUGGAAAAGCCUUUAGUUCUUCCUCAGCCCUCAUUAAACAUAUAAAAACUCACAGUGGAGAGAGGCCCUAUGAGUGUAAGGAAUGUGGGAAAGCCUUUAGUUGUUCCUCAUACCUCACUCAACAUACAAGAACUCACAGUGGAGAGAGGCCUUAUAAAUGUAAGGAAUGUGGGAAAGCCUUUAGUUCUUCCUCAUACCUCACUCGACAUAUAAGAAUUCACAGUGGAGAGAGGCCUUAUGAAUGUAAGGAAUGUGGGAAAGCCUUUAUUUGGUCCUCACAACUCACUCGACAUAUAAGAACUCACAGUGGAGAGAGAGGAAUGUAAGGAAUGUGGCAAAGCCUUUAUUUGAUCCUCACUGAACAUAUAAGAAUUCACAGUGGAGAGAGGCCUUAUGAAUGUAAGCAAUAUGGGAAAGCCUUUAUUCAGGCCACGUCCCUCACUCAGCAUAUAAGAAC